AAUUUUUUAAACCUCUUAUAAUUUUAAGCCCCCGCUUCUCCAAAAUUCAAAAUUUCUCGCCGUCAGAUUCAGGUGUGUACAACAAACUAAGGCUAGACUGUUGGCUGAGCUUCACUUGGUGACUCAGUCCUAUUUUCAAACGAUCUCGAGACUAUAUCAAUCGAUUAGCAUCUAAAUUUACCUCAAUAUUGCUACUGAUCUUUGCAAUGGAUGAAUCUGAGAAACAGAGCAAUCUCGAAAUCAAAGAGCUAAGUCUCAUCGACGUGUCGUUUGAAGACGAUUGCCUAAUCAAUUCGUCUUUCACAAGCCCUCUACACCAUCCUUCUUCAGAGAAUCAGCAACAUAGAAGUGUGAAGUUCUUGGAGCCUUUUGAAGCUGUGGAAACCUCAUUUAACUCCCCUGAAGUGAAGGAAGAGGAGUCUCAGCCAGUUGAAUCAUUGGAACCAGGAAAGACAAGAAGUGGAAAAUAUAACUUGCGCAAAAGUUUAGCCUGGGAUAAUGCGUUCUUCACAAGUGAAGGAGUUCUGGAUUCUGAGGAGCUUUCAAGUAUGAUUGGAGGCACUGAGAUAAGUGAGAAAAAUGUAUUGCCCGGAAUUCAAGAAGACAUUCAUAGAUCUACAGAUUCACUAUCUAGUUUAGACAGUGAUGCUUUGACAUUAAAAAGUCUUGAAACUGAUUUGUUUGAAGAUAUAAGAGCUUCAAUCCAGAAAUCUAGCCAAGUGUCCAAUGUGGCAAAUUCAAAUAAUGAGAAGAGAUUAGGGGUGACAGAGUCCCAAACUAUGCAGUCUUCAAAGAAUGUGGAUCUUGCAUCUCGAGAUAAGAUGAAGCCCAAAAUUGCUUCCAGAAAGCCUAUUGUUGGCACUUUAGGCACAGGAAAAUCAACAAAGCAGGCUGUUGUUCAUCUGCAAUCCUCAAAGUCUGUUGUUACAAAUGGAGAGUCAGCUUCAUCUCCUUGUAAACCCAAGGCACAUGGUAGAAUUAAUCCCAUCCCAAAACCAAUGGAAUCAACCAAGAGGGCUUCCAUAAGUGCUAAGCGUGCCAAGCCGGAAAAAGAUAACCACAAAAAUGCAUCUGGUAAAGGAGCUCCAACUACAAAAAUACCUUCUUCUGGUUCAUGGAAAAUUGUCCCCAUGCCCAUAUUACGUUCUAGAUCUUCUUUGUGUUCUUCAGCUGCAACCAAAACAGAGCUAACAACUUCUUGUUCCUCCUUUGGUAGUUCUGGCAGUGCUUCAUCUAACAGCAUUGGUAAAAUUUCCUUAAAUUCCAUGAAACGAAAAAAUAAUUCUGGAAUUAGUAAUGCUUCUUUUGCCAGUUCAACAGUCAAAUCCAUACCAAGAACUGCACCAAAGGGUAAAAUUCAGUCAGGCAGUUCUCAUCUUACAUCUUAUUUGAGGUCUGUCAGCAAGCACUCUUCUAGCAUAUCACCAGCUAGCUCUAUAAGUGAAUGGUCCUCAGAGUCAAUUGGACCAACUUCUACUACUAAUCAAAGGCGUAAUAAUACAAGAGCUAGCAUAGACUCUAGUUCUUCCAAAUCAGUCUCUGCAGACAAUGAUGCCUUACGAUUUUUGGAUUUUCACCACGACUCUAAUGAUCAAAUCUCAGAAAGAAAUUAUGCCAAGUUCCCUGCUUUGCAAGGUGAAUGUGUGAAGGGACCAUCGAUGAAAACUGAUUCAAUGCUUUGUCCAUCUUCAAAACCCUCUGGCCUGCGACUGCCAUCACCUAAAAUUGGCUUCUUUGAUGGGGUCAAAUCAGCAGGUCGAACUUCCAGUGGAAGUAUGCAACCUCAUCCUGGUGUACCGAGUGCCUUGCCUAACAUUAAAGCUGGAAUCACCAGCCCAAGUGGAGGUUCAAACAAGUCAAAACUUGGAAAGAUACAACCUGCUAAAAUUGCAUUGCCAGUUCAGAAUAUCAAACCCGAUGCUCAGCAAACUGGCAUGACCAUGAAGCCUAGAUCUCCUUUACCUCUUCAAGAAUCCAUAAUUGCUGCAACAAAGGUCUCUAGUGCUUCAAAAAAAGUGAAAAACACUCUCGUAUCUCCCAGAUUUCACAGCAGGAUGUCUCCUAAAACUGGAGGAGAAAGCAUUCGCAAGGCUGAUGAAGUUGUUUCUAAAGGACAUUAUAUAAGCUCCCAAGACUCUAGUUUGGCAGAAAAGAAAAACAGCUCAAUUGUCUUGAAACAAAAAGUGAGCCCCAGAAGCAACAAUAAAGCCCCUGAAUCAGAUCUCAAGUUCACUUCUGAUGCUGAAAAUAUCAAUCCAUCUCAGCAAGUGGAUGAAGAUGCACAACUUGGCAAGCAAUUCCUCAACAACGAUUUAAGUUUGCUUCAUAAUUCGAAUGCAAAGCAAAAAGUUCCUCAAGAUGAGGUCGAUUCUCUGACUAGACAAGUUGGAUUUAUGAAAAUCAAUCUGGACAUAGAGAAGAAAGUCAUCUCACCUUCUCCGGAAAGCGUUCUGAAACUAGCAGAGAACAACUAAGCUGUUGCAAUAACUUAACAGCAACAUGAUUUUUCUUAAAGGUAUUUGGAAAAUCUGAUUUCUGUAUGUGGAAUUUUCUAUAUUGGAUUUAGCACAAAGGGAACCAUUUAACACAAAGGUAUUACGUCUUACACAUAAAGUCUCUGUUAAAUAUACAGUACCAUUAGCGAUUUUCUGUAAUGUGUUUCCUGUACCAAGUGCUGUUUUCUGUUUCAUGUUUUUCAAGCACAUUUGCAUUUUUGUAUUACGAAUAUCCUAGAAAUUCAUGAAUUUUUUAUUACCA